AUGGGUCUGCUUGACCCUCAUCCCCCAGCUGCGAAGAGGAGCCGAUUGUCUUUGGAUGGUAAAAGGUAUACCAAGUUGGAUCUUCCCCGGCCAACGCCAUCUAUGCCGGUUAAGGGGAAUUUCAGUCGCGUUUCGGCUUCAGAACAUGCGCAACCUCUCAUUCUGCCGACGAUCCCCAAGAAAUCUCCUCUCCCAGCUACCAAGCAAAAUACGACUCGUCCACCUUUGACUUCAGCAAUCAGUCGGCAAUCCGAAGGCCUUCGAGCCCCCGGGGCUGCCUCCUCCAAUGGAAGAGAGCCUGUUAAAAUCAUCUUCAUGCCCCCGUCUAGCAAUGCCUCUACUGCUGACUCUGGCUCAACUCUUCUCAGCCCAUUGAAAGUCAUUGAAAAUCCGGUGCCCAUGAGGACAUGCGAUCUAACCCCCGGAGCCAAUCAUCAAGUCACCACCGGGAGCGCCCCUGCCCUUGACGCUGCCAAUCCCCUCGAGCCAGCCCCUACCCAGUCCCAGUCUACUCCGGCCGCAUCCCAGAGCCGCGCAAGUGAUCCACAGGCCGCUUGCGACGCCUCAAGAAAGAAGAAGCUUGAUGAGCUGAUGACAGGCAUUGAGGUGUUUAGGCGUCCGAUCACCAAAAAGGGCCUGCUCUGCAACAUCGACGAACUGGAGAUCCUGAAGGACGAGAUGGAGCUCCAUGAGGGUCUGGCGCUUAUCACAUCGAGAACUGCCGAUAAUUCCCCUCUCUUCCUUCCAAUAGUCAAGGAGGUCAUUGCCUACCGAGUCAAGAAUCACUUCGAUAAUGGCGGUUUCUGGGUCGGCACUUUCAAGCUCAAAAAGAGUUCUCCGGAGUUGCUGGCCCUCCCUCUUUGA